CUAUAAUUUACAAGCUAAACUUACAAGCGGUAACCGGCACUUGAUGCUUAUUAAAGGACAUUGCGGUGUUGGCAAAUCAAAUAAGACAGCAGAGGAAAUAAAAACACUAUGUCAUUCUGAUGGGUUUAAGUCUUAUCUCAAACUGGAUAUGAAAAAGCUUAAUCCUAAAGAUACUCCGAAACUCAUUAUCAGUCCCGAAAGCAUUCACAAACUUGGAGCAACUGGCUAUGAUAUAAUUAUACUAGAUGAGUUUGAAACUAUCACUCAGAAUUUUAGUGGACCUACUAUGAAAAAACUGAAGCUGAGCCACAACGUAUAUAAAUUCUUGCUUCAAUCUGCAUUAUUGAUAUUGGCUUUAGAUGCUAUAUUAGAUUCAGACUCGCUUAUACAUUUACAAAAUAUUUCGAAAAUAGAUGCCGAAAAUUCAACCGUGAUAUGGAACCAGCAUAUACGAGAUAAACGUCAUACUCUUAUACAUAUUAAUACCAAAAAAUGGAAUGCUGAAUUAAUUGGAGCUCUGAGACAAGGAUUAAAAGUCUAUAUUCCAAUGUUUGCUAGUGCGGAAAUGGCAGAAGCUCUUCAUAAAGAAUUGGCAUCUCAUGGGUAUUGA